AUGGACACCAGAGCUAUUUUCAAAGCUUCCAGUUUCCUUAUCCUAACCGUCAUCAGUGUCCCAUCCAAUCUAUUCAUCUGCUGUGCUUUCCUUCACACCCUGUUGACCGAAGCUAAGCUCACACCUGCUGAUGUCAUCCUGUGGCACCUGGCCCUCACCAAUCUGACCUCAACCUUUACUCGCAGUUUUUCUCAGAUGCUGACGGCAUUUGGAUACCACAACAUAUAUGAUGAUUUUGGCUGCAAAAUGGUGCUCUUCUUCUUUCGUGUGUCAAGAACUCUCUCCAUAAAGCUCACCUGCUUCCUGAGCACAUACCAAGCUGUGCUAGUUUCCCCUGCCACCUCUAUAUUUGACUCUUUAAAGCACAGAAUUCCAAAGUAUCUACAGCACAUUAUUGUCGGUCUCUAUGCAUUUUCCUUUGUGUUUAGUGUCCAUCUAAUUCUGUAUUCCUACUCGAAUCUGAUCAACAACACCAUACCCGCCUACACAUUUAAUUACGAGUACUGUUAUGUUACAUAUCCCGAUUACACUGUUUUCAUUUCCAUAGGUCUGUACCUCUUUUUUAGAGAUUUUACCUUCAUAGUGAUGAUGGUCGUCAUGAGCUGCUACAUCUUGUUGCUGCUCUAUCGGCACGGAACAAAAGUGAAGAGUCUGCGAAGUUCAGACAAUGGAAACUCAGGAUCCAGGCCAGAGGUCAAAGCCUCCCGUGCAGUGGUCACUUUGGUUAUCCUCUACACUCUCUUCUUCGGUGUGGACAAUGCAAUCUGGCUAUAUUCUCUUAGCUACGUCAGGGUGGCACCACUUAUUUCAGAAGUUCGGGGCUUUUUCUCUGUCCUUUACACGUCUGUGUGCCCUGUGGUGAUCAUUGCUACCAAUCCUAAAGUUAAAGGCAAGUUGAAAGUGACCAGGGAGGAUUGA